AUGAAAUACACGACCGCACUCACAGUCCUCCUCGCCUUUGGGCCCGCAACUACCAUCCUAGCAGCCCCCGUCUCCCAAGAUCCCACUUCAGCCCUAACAGGUGCUCCUUCGGGACAAAAUGAAGGCGCGAAACAGCCCGCUGCUGGUCCUGCGCCGGGCUCGUCGUCACAGGGACUGAGUGGUUCGUCGAGUGGGAAUGAGGGAUUGUUGGAUAAGGUUGAGAAGAUUGUUAAGGAUGUUCUUGGUGGUCUACGCAAGCGUGGGCUUGUUGAGGAAGUUGGAGAGGUUGUUCAGAUGACAGUUGAUAGCACCAGCAAGCUUCUCAACGGCGAGAGCUCCGGUAGCCAGAGCUCGUACAACACCCAGUCCACUGAUCCUGAUGCUCUCUCUCAGGGAGCUCCCCAAGGUGGAAAGGGAGACGACGACAAGGACGGCGAUGACAAGAAAGCGCACCCAGCUCCAGCUCCGACUCCUGCUCCAGCACCUGCGCCCUCAAAAGACUCUAGUUCCAGUUCCCCUCUCUCCAAACUCAUCGGCGGCCGCUCCAACGCACCCCUCUCCGACCAAACAGACCCCGUAAACACCUCCGGCACAACAGCACCCAUCUCAAACGAAGGCACUCAACCCACUGAAAGCCAUAAAGUUCCUACUGAACAAUCCUCUCCCAUCGAAGGAGUGACCAAACCAUCUACCCCCAUCCCUGUCCCAGUCGACACUAAGAAGCAAGAAGGAGAGAAAAAGGAGAAGGAAGGUCCGAAUAUUGGUACCCCGACUUCUGAUGCAUUCCAAUUAUCGCCCGAGGAGAUUGAGGUGUUGAAGAAAGUUCUUCAGUCUCAGUCUAAGGAUGGUCAGGGUGAGGGAUUGUCUAAGGCUUAA